AUGGUUUCAAUAAAAGAAUUCAACGAUGAUCUUUCUGAAAUCACUGAUGAAGAUGAUAAUAAUAAAGAUUAUUUAUUUGAUAGAAAUAAAAUCAUUAAUCAAAAAUUUAAUCAAUCUAAAUCAAUAUCAUCAUCAUCAUCAUCUGAUAAACAAAGUGUUAAUAAUAAACAAGAAUGGAUUAAUGAUAUUUUAGCACUAAGUUCAUUAUUGUCACAUCAUACAAAUUCAGAUAAUGUUAUAUCAUCUGAAAGUCGUCUUAUUCAUUCGAAAUUUCAACGCUUAUUUCAUUUUCUUGUUACUGAUGUUUAUAAUGAACCAGCAACACAAGCAUUAGGUGAUCAUAUUUCGAAUUUAGCUGAAGUUGAUGAUGCUCUAAUAAAUUUAAAUAGAAAUGCAACACUAAAAUUUCGAAAUUAUAAACAAUUUCGUGAACAACGACUUGCAUCUUCUAAUGAACGACGAGAUACAUCUUUGACAUCAGAACAUAUAGAUAAUCGAUGGACAAACAUUAGACAAACGAUCUCUAGAUCAAAUCUAGAUCAUGAUCCAUUAUUUCGAUCAAAAAGUUCAUUAAGAUAUUUUGUUUAUUGGCUUCUUCAUAGUUCAUUUUUCAAAUGGUUUAUUAGUAUAAUCAUUUGUUUAGAUGUUAUUAGUGUUGGUAUUACAUCAGAAUAUAGUUCACCAGAUAAUUCAAAGUCUCUUGUUUAUAAUAUAGCUGUAUUUAUAAAUCGAUGUAUUCUAUUUAUAUAUUUAUUUGAAAUAAUAUUCAAAUGGAUUGAAAAUUUUACAAGUUUUUGGUAUUCACAUGCAAAUAUUCUAGAAUUUAUUCUUACUAUUAUAUCAUUAAGUAAUUUAAUUAGUGAAAUUUAUAUCGAUACAAAAAAUAAUACAAGUUUAGAAAUAAAUAAUAAAUUUCAUAGUGAUAAUCAAAAAACAACUGAAACUUUACAACGUAUUAGAUCAUAUGGAUUAAUAUUAUCUUUAUUACGAACAUUACGUAUGCUACGUAUAUUACGUAUAUUAGAAAUAGUAUUUCGUUUUACACAAGUACGAAUUGUUUUUCUUGCACUUAGUCGUUCUGUUAAACUUAUUUUCCAUGUUGUUCUUUUAACUAUUGUACUCAAUUAUUUUUUUGCACUUAUUGCAUUAUAUUUAACACAAUUUGGAUUGAACACAACAUCAAAUGAACAUAUGAAAAAAAUAAAUUCGUUAUUUGGAACAGUACCUCGAGCAUUUAUUACUGUCUUUCGUAUAUUUACGAAAGAUGAAUGGUAUGAAAUUAAAAUGGAAAUGUAUUCUUUACAAAUUCGACCAUUUAUUAUUGAUUUAUAUGUUAUUAGUUGGUUAUUCUUUGGUGGUUAUGUUCUUAAUCCGUUGCUAAUUGGAGCAAUGGUGGGUACCUUUGAUGAAACUCGAAAAGAAUUAACUUCACGUAUAAAACAAAUUAUAUCUGAAACUUGUUUAUCACUUAAUGAUAUAAAUCUAACUAAAAGUCCAUCAUCAGAAUCAUCAUUGUCUUCAUUACUUGUUCAUGUUAAUUCUAUUGACAAUGAUAAUGAUAAAUUUAAUGAAUGGCUUCGUAUUACUUCAGAUGAAAUUCGUUUACUCGUUCAAGAUCGUAUUGAAACUCAAUGGCCAAUUUAUACAGCAUUUUAUUAUCUUCAAUUACUUGAAAUCUAUUUUGAAAAUAUAGCUGAACGACAAUUACUAUUCGAUUUUAUUUCUAUUUAUUUAUUAACAUUACAUGAUAAAGAAACUAGACAAAUUAAUCCACCAAUACUUUCAUCAUCAUCUUCAUCCGAUGAUGACAAUUGA